AUGUCCCUACCCACCCUUCCCUCGCCCUCAGCCCCAACAGCUUCCUACACCGCAUCCUGCCACUGCGGCGCCUUCACCUACACCGUGACCACAUCACCCCCGCUCAACGCCUCCGACGCAGUGAUAAAGCAAUGCAACUGCAGCAUUUGUGCGAGAAACGGGUACAUGUUUAUUUACGUGGCGAACGAGCGAGUUGUUUUUGAAAAGGGGGCGUUGGAGGAAUUCCAGUGUUAUUCGUUUGCUACGAAUAAAGUAGGACAUUAUUUCUGUGGUACGUGUGGGUCCUCUUGCAUGUUGCGAUCGAAAGAAGCGGAUUUCAUGCCGGGGAUUACGGGCAUCAAUGUGCGUAUGUUGCAGGAUGUGGAUUUGGAGGGUAUCAAGGUGGAUCAUCUGGAUGGGAAGAGUUUUUAA